AUGAGAAUGAGAAACGCUUCACAUGCUUUCAUCUUCAUCAUCCUCAUAGCAAUCUGCAUUUAUCUUUUCAAGAAAAUGCUCCGAAUGUUUCCGCAGUCUGCUAUACUAAACUAUGUUGUUUGGGCAGCGGCGCAGCUAAAAUGGGGUUGGGAUUGUCUCUUUAUCCAAUCAUUCUGCCAGCCGCCGCCUUACAAAUUCAACGUUGUCGACGGCACCGGAAUGUGGCCGGAGCGCGAUGCCUCGGAGCUCGGAGCGAGGGUUUUCGAAGGCGAAUCGGAGGCAGUAGAAUGCGCGGUUUGUUUGUGCAAGAUAGAGGAAGGAGAAGAAGUUAGAGACUUGAGGUGUAACCAUAUUUUCCACCGGGAUUGCUUGGAUAGAUGGCUCGCUACUGGCCGGAAUUCAUGUCCGCUCUGCCGGACCCAAGUCAAGUCAGCCGGCCGACGACUUUUCGACGAUCGUUAUCAAGAGGUUAUUGUGUUCGAUUUCUUCUCUGACCGUCGAGAUCGAUGCACAUGGUGGUUACGAUGA